GCGUCCGACGCGGUAUGGCGGUUUGUUGUCCUUGCUUUGCGUAGCAGCCCGCGGAGUUUGAGUGUGAGAAGGUCCGGGUCGCGGCGGGCUCCGAGUUUCACAGAAGUCAAUGCCAGGAGGUAUGGCGCCCCUCAAGAAGCCUCGGAACCCCACAAAAUUGCCCCUGGCUUUAAACCCCAUGAAGAGCAAGGACGUUUUGGCAGUGCUGGCAGAGAGGAACCAGGCCAUAAUACCAGUUGGGGCUUGGGUGGAACCUGCUAAACCAAAUUGCUCGGAAAUUCCAGCACAUACCUCAGCAUACAUAAUUGAAGAGGAAAUAAAAGAACAGCAACGAAGAAAGCAAGAAUCUCUGAAACAUUUUCAGAGACAAGUCAGACAGCGGGUAAAUCAGCAGGUUAAGCUGAAGAAAAGGCAACAACUUCAGAAAUCUUACAAGGCAGGAGGCUUUAUAGCCAUGCACUGUUUAGAUUCGGGACAUUUAACUCCUAAAAGGACAAGUGUUUUCCCUAGCAAUUGGAAUGCUGCUCUUGGAAAUUGUGAGUUUCCCACUUCUGGGGUGAUUGGGGAUGCAACAGAAGAUGGAGAGAAUCAGAAUCAGUUGUUUCAACAACAAGCUGAAGCUCUUAGUCAAACUAUGAAACAGGCACGUCACCAGCUGGCAUCCUUUAAAACUGUGAGUGAAAAAAAGACGCCAGUGUUUCUCAAUGGUAGAAAGACAGGCUCUCCCACCCAAGAGGACUUUGGCUAUGGGGAAAUUUCAUCUGUUGUGACAGGUGAGGAGAGAGAUGAUUUGUUUGUGGGUUACCAGCAGGAUCUCCUUUCUGCAGACAAAGAAAAGGCUCUCAGCAAAGUUCAGAAAGUAAAAUUCAAAAAUCCAUUAUUUGUUGUGAUAAAAGAAGAUGAACAAAAGCAAUUAAAUCGGCAUAGUCUUCAGGCUGUUCUUCCAGAAGCCCAGGAGCAUCUUGUAGAAGUUCCAGAAUCCCAAAGUGAUAUGAUAGAUGUCCAGAAUGUUGAGCCCAAAGCUUCAAGAAUUGAACCUAAAGCUCCAAGUGUUGAGCCAGAUUCCCAGGCCACUGGAGUGAAGUUUCAGACCACAGAGCCAGAAGGCCAGGCUGUUAAGACAGAGGUUCAGGACAUUCUUAAAACCCAAACUCUUGAGAUAGAUGGGACUACUAAGUUGGAAGCCCAGGAUUUUCUACCAUCACACCAGGCUUUUCUAUCCAGAGACCAGAAUUUUCUGCCCAAUUGUCAAAACCAGAAUUCUUUACGCAAAGAUCACUGUGUUCUCUCUAAAUACUGGAAUGUUCUACCUAAAUACCAGGACCAGCAUUUUCUACCAGUAGACCAGGAAUUUCUACCUGGAAACCAAUUUGCUUUACUCAAAGAGGAGAGUCAUCCACUCCAAUGUCAGAGCCAGGAUCUCCCACCUAAAGAUCAGAGUUUCCUGCCCAGACAUCAAUAUAUUUUACCGCAUGUUCUUCCUAAGUGUCAGGAUCAUGACGUUCCUUCCAAAGACCAGAAUAAUCUACACAGAUAUCAGGAGCAGGAUCUUCCACUCCAAAAUCAGGAAGUAAACUUUAAGGAGCCAUUCUCUGAUAUGACAGAUGGGAAAGGAAGAGAAAUCUUUUCUCUGGCAAGUUAUCAGUGUCCACCUCCCAAACCACAAGUCCAAGAUUUAAUCAGAAACCAGGACAUGUUUCUCAAACAACCCUCAACUUUUAUGAGAGGAGAGAGAGAGGAUAAGGAGUUGCCUCUUGAGUGUCAUCAGUAUGCUCCACCUCAGUUCCGGGACAAAGUCUUCCUUAGAGAACAGUACAGGAGCUGUGAGCAGGCAUCACAUGACAUAAUAGAUGAGAGAUGGGGAAAGGAGUUAUAUCCAGAGUGCUAUGGAUGUGGUUUACAUGAAAUCCAGGAUCCAGGCUCUGCCAGCAAGCAGAGCUUACAUUUUAGGCAGCAGCCAUCUGUUAGGACAGCUGAAAGUUGGCAAGAGGCUUUGCAUCUUCGUGGCCACAAAUGUCUUCCACCCAGACAACGGAGAGACACAUGCAUCAGGCAACAGCAGGUCUAUGAGGAGUAUCCAUUGGGACUGAGCACUGAACCUCAAACUCGACUGGCGUUUCAGUCUGGAGUGGAUCAAGAAGAAGACAAAAAAGAGCGUCAAAAGCAGUAUCUGAGACAGAGGAGGCUUUUCAUGGAUAUUGAGAGAGAACAAGUAAAAGAACAAAAUAGACAAAGGGAACAGAAGAAGAGAAUGGAAAAACUUAAGAAAAGAAAAGAACAACAGCGCUAUGCUGAAGAGCAGAGGCUCCUAAGAAUGAACUGUCAUGAAGAACCUUAUUCAGAAGAGAAGAUAAGUGGUGUUUUAGCCCAGCUACACCUUGAAGAAAUAAAAGGAGCCAGAGAAAAACAACACAAGAGAGAAAAGGAAUAUGAAAGAUAUGUAGAAGCUUUACGAGCUCAGGUCCAGGAGAAAAUGAAGCUUUAUAACAUCACUUUACCUCCAUUAUGCUGUUGUGGUCCUGAUUUUUGGGAUGCUCAUCCUGAUACCUGUGCAAACAACUGCAUUUUCUAUAAAAACUAUAGAGCAUAUAAUCGGGCAUUGCAUUCAGUCAUCAAUUCUUCUGAUAUCUCCGAGGGGAACACAACUCUUCGAAAUGCCAUUCGUAAUUUUGCUUCUGCACAUAGACGGACUUCAAAAAAAAGUCACCAAUAAGAGUAUGAAAUCAGUGCCAUGACCGAGCUAAAGAAUAUCAGCAAAAUGCUAUGUCACAAAGAAAACCACAAGACAUCCUGAAGUUAUUGGACGCCAUCAUACUGUCCGCAGAUCCAGCCUUACAGUACAUGCCUUGAACUAUAGCCCUUCCAAAAGGCAUUUUCCUCACGCCAAGCAAGAAGCAUCAAGAGUUUGUUUUUGUUGCUUUGUUUACUUUACAAAUUACAGAUAAUGUCUAGUUUUCAGCUUGGGGUUUACAGCCAAUAACCAUGCUAAUAUCACUUCACAAACUGAAAACAAAGUGCCAGAAAUAUGUUCAGUUGCCUUGUCAUACCAAAAGCAAAUACAAAAUGAGGAGAACACAAGAGCACCUUUCCAUUUUAAAAUGUUUGAAAACAUUUUCAAACUGUACAACUGUACAACUUUAAUACAGUUUCAGAAGCUCCAGACACACAUGUCCACUUGAUGUAAACCCAAGGCUUUGAGUAGCUGCAGUGUGAUUGUGGUCAGAUCCUAAAUAAAACCCAAUGAGGACAAUAGACACAGCUCAGAUAAUAUGUGUUGAUCAUGCUCCUCCUCUCUCUAUGGUAUUUGCAAGGAGACAGAUAAACAUUCUUUUUUAGCUGAGCAUAGUGGUACAUGUCUAUAAUCCCAGUAUUAUGGAGGCUGAUGCAAGAGGAUCAGGAGUUUGAGGCCAGCUGGGUUACAUAAAACUCUCAAAAAAAUUUUAAGCCAAAUAAAAUAGUUUUUCCUUUUGCUGCUGUUGCUGUUUCUCAUCUUCUUUUUCCUCCUUUUUGUGAAAUUCAAUGGACCCUUUUUACCAUCAGACUUUCCUUUCAAUUAUUACUUAUGACAUCCUUCUUAUAUUUUUCCUUCUGCUUCAAUACCUUCCUGAUGCAUGGCUGCUUUUCUCUGCUACUGAAGCUGUUCAGCAUCUCACUCAACUUUUGGGUUUGUUUACCCAUAUCUACAAAUAGAGCCCCAGGAUUUGUGGCUUUGAUCUUGGGUCAGAGUUCUGAACAAAACAAGAAGAAUUCAGAUAAUAGUCUUUGGGCAGUAGUAGUGUCCUUUUCCUUCAGGCGUCCUGCAGGCUAGUCCACAGUCCUUCAUUUCCCAAAUGUAGUAUGUUUUGUCCAACUUUGCCACUUCAUUAGUUUUAAAUUUCCCUUCCCAGAAGCUGUCUCCAUUUCUCAGAGCACUUAGUAAAUCCUUCAAUAUUGAGAAAGCUCUCUGGCUUUUCUUCUUGUGGUCUUUGCCUGUCUAUAUAAAGAGGGCAUAAGCAGUCAUAAGCCCUUUGGUUUCUUGGGGUUACCUUUAGCCAUGCUGACAUAUUGUUUUCUAGAAAGCACAGAGCACAAUAUGAGGCUUCCUGACCUCACACUAGUGCUUCCGUGACAACCAACUCUGACAUGAUUGUUACUAAUUAAAAAUGUUAACAAUAAAAGAUAAGAAACCCAUAAUAGCAAUUGCUCUUAAGUCUUCCCACUCUAAAAAUCCCUUUCCAAUCCUAGGUAACCAUUACUUUAUUCCUUCUAUAUGUAAAUUAGCCUAUAUGUGAAUUCUCUUCUAAGUGGAAUGUACAAUGUGAGCUCUUUUGUGACUGAACUUUUUUCAGUUAGCCUGAUGUCGAGGCUUCUCUGUGUUGUCAUAUUCAUUAAUGGUUCAUUACUCUUCAUUGUUGAAUAGUAUUGAUAGUAAUAGUAAUAAUAAAACCAUAUUUAUUCAUUCA